UACGCAGACUAACGGCGUGACGUGACCACGGUCUACACAGACCUCUUUUCUGACGGGAGCUCCACUUUUGUCAUUAAGUGUCUUGAAUGUGCAAUAUUUUAUGAAUUGCAUUAACUGCAGCAAUGUGCAAGACUUUGAUUAAAUUUAAAAAAUAAAAUUUUAUUUUAAAGGCCAACCAGCCAGCAACGUAAGCAGCAAUUUAAACUGCUCCUAGAGAACAGCAAAGGGAGGAUUUAAAAAAAAAAAAAAAAAAAAUCAGCUGUCAGCCCCUAUUUUAGCCACAGUGGGCUUACUCGGGGGUUGAUUUAAAUAUAAAAACAUUGUUGGGGAGCCCACUGCAGACAGUGAUGUUUUAUGAAUUCAGUUCAUACACAAGUUAUGAAGUUCAUCUUCAUGAGGAGCAUCAGAGCGUUUAAGUGCGCCGUCUCUCCUCGACACAGCGAGGUUGUGUAGCUCGAAUGUACCGGAUGAUAAACCAUCGGUUUGGUGUGACUUGUGACCCCGCCCUUAAAACCCAACAGGAAGGUCACGUUCUCCUUUUUCUCAGAGCACCAACUGUUGCUCAACGGGGUAAAACAUGAGGUGAAGGAUGUGAAGACCUCAACUUUUAAAAAAUGAAAGUCCAGCAUCCCUAAAGCACUGAAAUAUCACUCCUGGUACACGAUCGCACAUUUCUGCCAGAAAGCCCCCCACAGCACACCUUUUCCUAGCACUACGGAGGAGGCGGGGGUUACGUGGUAUAGCACAGAAGAAAACGGAACCGCGUGGGUUUUUUUUCCUUUCUCUUUUAAACGUGUGUGUUGCCGUGCGGUAUUCUUUCACUAAACUCUCCGACGUUCUGCCGUUUUUUUAUGCGUUUAUUUAAAAUAUUUUAUCUGCUACGUGGAAGAACGCAUACUACCUACCGUGGCUUCUGUACGCUUAAUCCAAUGAAAGGCCGUGCUUUGCUGCAGUUUUCUUGAUAAAGCUUGACGGUCUUCUUUCAAGUCCUGGCUACGUGAUGUGUCUCACACGGUGUUUCUUCUAAACACCCCGGGGUAUACCGGCAAAGCAUGCCCUCCGACCAGGUCUACAGGGGAGAAAUCAUGCAGCACAGAAAAGUUCCUGGAUUAACACAGAAUUAACCACAAAACACAGACGCUGCUUUCGGUACACGGAGGAACGGGGCCAAGGCGCAAGCGAGAGAGUGGAAGGAAACGCGGCACCACGCGGAGUCGCACACAGCACAGCGGGGAUCGGCGGGAGGCAUCAGACGCAGGAAGAGAGCACAGCCAGGGAUAGGCAUCCUUGUGCAAUACGACGCCGCUCUUGAGCCAUGGAUCAGAAGCAGUUUGUGAGGAUGCUGAACGGUGCCGUUCCAGGGGAGCCGGUGAAGAAGGAUGAGAAUACGAGGAGGGGGAACUGGGGCAACCAGAUCGAGUUUGUCCUCACCAGCGUGGGCUACGCAGUCGGCCUGGGAAACGUGUGGAGGUUUCCCUACCUGUGCUACAGAAAUGGAGGGGGUGCAUUCAUGUUCCCCUACUUCAUCAUGCUGGUCUUCUGUGGCAUUCCGCUCUUCUUCCUGGAGCUCUCCUUCGGGCAGUUUGCCAGUCUCGGCUGCCUGGGCGUGUGGAAGGUCAGCCCCAUGUUCAAAGGGGUCGGCUAUGGCAUGAUGGUGGUGUCCACAUACAUUGGCAUCUACUACAAUGUGGUGAUCUGCAUUGCGUUCUACUACUUCUUCAUGUCCAUGACCAACCUGCUGCCGUGGACCUACUGCAACAACCCGUGGAACACACCUGACUGCAGCGGCGUGGUGGGAACGUCACGGCCCAACGGCUCGCUGGCUAACGUCACUGGCAUGGUCAACGGCACCAAGAGGACCAGUCCCAGCGAGGAGUACUGGAGAAAUUACGUGUUGAACAUCUCGGACGACAUCGGGAACUUCGGUGAAGUGCGUCUGCCGAUCCUAGGCUGCCUGGCCGUGUCCUGGGUGGUGGUGUUCCUAUGCCUCAUCCGGGGCGUCAAGUCCUCGGGCAAGGUCGUGUACUUCACAGCCACCUUCCCCUAUGUCGUUCUCACCAUCCUCUUCGUCAGGGGCAUCACUCUGGAAGGAGCCAUCGACGGCAUCAAGUACUACCUGACCCCCCAGUGGAAGAUGAUCCUGGAUGCCAAGGUGUGGGGUGAUGCCGCCUCUCAGAUCUUCUACUCCCUUGGAUGCGCGUGGGGUGGGCUGAUCACUAUGGCGUCCUACAAUAAGUUCCACAAUAACUGCUACCGGGACAGCAUCAUCAUCAGCAUCACCAACUGCGCCACCAGUGUGUAUGCCGGCUUUGUCAUCUUCUCCAUCCUGGGCUUCAUGGCGCACCACCUGGGUGUGGACGUGUCGGCGGUGGCGGACCAUGGGCCCGGCCUGGCCUUCGUGGCCUAUCCCGAGGCUCUGACCCUGCUGCCCAUCUCGCCGCUAUGGUCGCUGCUGUUCUUCUUCAUGCUUAUCCUCCUGGGUUUGGGAACUCAGUUCUGCCUGCUGGAGACCCUGGUGACGGCCAUCGUGGACGAAAUCGGCACCGACUGGAUCAUCAAGCACAAAACGCUGGUCACACUCGGGGUAGCCAUCGUGGGGUUCCUCCUCGGGGUGCCGCUGACCACACGGGCGGGUAUCUACUGGCUCCUGCUGAUGGACAACUAUGCAGCCAGCUUCUCGCUGGUCAUCAUCUCCUGCAUCAUGUGUAUCUGCAUCAUGUAUGUCUACGGGCACAGAAACUACUUCAAGGAUGUGGAGAUGAUGCUGGGCUUUCCUCCUCCGUUCUUCUUCAGGAUGUGCUGGAGAUUUAUUUCUCCAGUCAUAAUAACAUUCAUCCUGAUCUUCACGGUAAUCCAGUACAAACCCAUCACCUACAAUAAGUACAUCUACCCCGGAUGGUCUUUAGUCAUUGGAUUUUGCAUGGCAUUGUCCUCGGUCAUCUGCAUACCGCUCUACGGUCUCUACAAGAUAGCCACUUCUGAAGGAAGCACCUUUUCAGAGCGGUUGAAGAGCGCGGUCAAGCCACACUGGAGCUGGGGCCCGGCCCUGCAAGAGCACCGGGUAGGCCGGUACGCACCCUCCAGUCUCCUUGGGGCUCCAGGGUCCGACAUUGGGGUGGAAGCAUGUCCCUUCAAGGAGGAGCUGAAGGAGGAAGAGAAGGAGAAGCGGGAUGAGAUCAGCCUCACCAUCCAGGGCAGCAACGGCUCGACACACACCAGCCCCCUUCCUAUGGCGUAGGCAGCCGCUUCCGUGCCCUGCUCCACCUCCCAUGGGGAGACCUCGCUCGCUGGAGACCUUUACAUAUUGUAAGGGCUUAUUAUUCCUAACCUCUAGUUAUUUGGUCUUCACCUGAAACCUCUUUUGUUUUUCGUUCGUCCACGUAAUAGAAUAAUGCAGUUUUCACUUUUUCGUAUGCAUGAAAAUGUAGGAACGUGGCAUCCACACCGUUUGUACAUUUCAGCUGUAAUGUUUUUUUUUUUUUUUUUUUUGCAAGUCA